UUACCAUUCAUUCACAUCUCAGUAUUAAUCUCAACUAAACCAUAGACGCACUUCGUGGCGACAAGUUUGAUCGAUUGAUAAAAAAUAAAGGAUCUCGUGUGUUUUUUCACACACAAAAAUCACAUGAUAUUAAUUAUAUUGUCUCGAUCGAUCGAGUUCUUGUUCCACUCGAGGGCCCCAAGUCCCAACCAACACACAUAAUUCUCACAUAGCUAAUGAAGAAACCGACAUGGGUUGUGGCGGCCAUGGUGGCCGCGGUGGCAGUGGCGCAGGUCGUGGGCGUGGCGGAGGGCCUCGGCGUUAACUGGGGAAAUCAGGCGGCCCAAAACCUACAUCCUAGAGUCAUUGUCCAAAUGUUGAAGGACAAUAAUAUUAAUAAGGUUAAAUUGUUUGAUUCCGACGCUUGGGUUGUGAAGCACUUUGCUGGGACAGGAAUUGAAGUCAUGCUUGGUAUUCCUAACCUGCAUUUAGCCUCUUUGGCUGAUCGAUAUAAACAUGCUAAGGCAUGGGUGAAGGCCAACCUCACUAGGCAUAUCCACGAAGGCGGCGUCGAUAUCAAGUACGUGGCAGUCGGAAACGAGCCCUUCUUGAAAGCCUACAACGGGUCGAACCUGCAGACGACUUAUCCGGCGCUUUGGAACAUUCAGAAGGCGAUAAACGAGGCCGGGCUGGGCGAUAGAAUCAAGGCGACGAUCCCCCAAAACGCCGACGUUUACGAUUCCGGCAGCAAAGGCCCGUCGAACGGCGACUUCCGCGCCGACAUCAGAGCGACCAUGAAGCAGAUCGUGCAGUUCCUGCGCGACAACAACGCCCCUUUCGUCGUCAACGUCUACCCUUUCCUCAGCUUAUCCCUCAACCCUGAUUUCCCGGUGGAAUACGCCUUCUUCAGUGGUGGCGCGCAGCCGGUGCAGGACGGCGGGAUCACGUACACCAACGUGUUGGAUGCGAACCUCGACACACUCCUCUGGUCGCUGAGGAAGGCCGGGUGCGGAGAUGUCCCCAUCAUCGUCGGCGAGAUAGGCUGGCCCACCGACGGCGACAAGUAUGCAACCGUCGACAUGGCGAAGAAAUUCUACGACGGAUUUUUCAAGAAAUUAUCGACGACUAAAGGGACGCCACUUUACAAGAAAUCAAUUGAGUAUUACCUUUUCGGUUUGACCGAUGAGAACUUGAAGAGCGUGGCGCCCGGCGAUUUCGAGCGCCACUGGGGCGUUUUCAGGUACGACGGGCAACCUAAGUUCCCGGUGGACUUCACGGGACAUGGAAGCAAUAAGAUGCCCGUGGGGGCGAAAUAUGUCAAGUAUCUGGAACGGAAAUGGUGCGUCUACGUGGACAAUGGUGCAAGCACAGACGAAGUCUCCAGCAGCAUGAACUAUGCUUGCACACUCGGCGACUGCACGGCACUCAAUUACGGGGGUCCUUGUAGUAAAUUGGAUAACUCAUCCAAGUUUUCCUACGCUUUUAACAUGCUUUUUCAAAUGAGUUAUCAAGAUGUGGAGACAUGUGAUUACGGUGGAAUUGCGAAGAUCGUGACUAAAAAUGCUACGGUCGGAAAUUGCCUCUUUCCGAUCGCAUUGGAUACCGAUUGGGCAUGGAGAGUCGGGGCUCAGCUCAAGUCCACUCUUCUCACCGGAUUGUUGCUUUCGCUGUUGUUGUUAGGAUUAUGAGAUCCAAAAUUCUCUACGACAUAG